GAAGCCCCCGCGGCGGGAUGAAGGAGAAGCAGAAGAGGAAGAGGGAGCGCACGUGGGCCGAGGCCGCCCGCCUGGUGUUAGAGAACUACUCGGACGCACCCAUGACCCCGAAACAGAUCCUUCAAGUCAUCGAGGCCGAGGGGCUGAAGGAGAUGAGUGGGACCUCGCCCCUGGCCUGCCUCAACGCCAUGCUGCACUCCAACUCCCGAGGAGGCGACGCGCCCUUCUACAAGCUGCCCGGCCGAAUCAGCCUCUUCACCCUCAAGAAGGACGCCCCGCAGUGGUCCCGCCAGGCCUCCGUGCCCGAGGGCGAAGACCCCGCGGACCCCGGGAGCGGCGUGGGCAGCGACGGGGACCCCCUGCAGCGGGGCCGACGCUCCCCGGACGCCACCGGCUCCUCCUCCUCCCCUUCCUUCUCGUCCUCGUCGUCGUCGUCCUCCGCGUCGGCGCUGUCCUGUGCCACCGCCGCCAAGUGCCCCACCGCCCCCGUCUGCGUGGCCCAAGAGCCCUGCGGAGCCGCCUCCCAGGCCGGCAAGUCGAGGAAGAAGGCGGACGUCAUGCUGCCGCGGGUGGUCCUCACCCCCAUCAAGGUCAACGGGGCCCGCCUGGACCCCCCCUCAGGGUUCUCCGGACAAGCCGCCGACGGCGGCGGCGGCGGCGGCUCGGCCCCGCGCGGCCGCCCGGAGCCGGGCCGGGACCCCCCGCAGCUCCUCCGCGCCCUCCGCAAGACGGCCACGGGACCCCUGAAGCGCGGCCGCGGGGAGGAGAUCGACUUCGAGACGCCGGGCUCCAUCCUGGUGAACACCAACCUGCGGGCGCUCAUCAACUCCCGCACCUUCGGCGCGCUGCCGCCCCACUGCCAACAGCGUCUCCUCGCCCUCCUGCCCGAGGUGGACAGGCAGGUGGGGACGGACGGGCAGGCGCAUCUGAGCAGCAGCGCGCUCAACAACGAGUUCUUCACGCACGCCGCCCAGAGCUGGCAAGAACGCCUGGCUGACGGGGAGUUCACGCCCGAGAUGCAGGCCCGCCUCCGCCAGGAGCUGGAGAAGGAGAAGCGCGUGGAGCUGUGGAAGCGGAGGUUCUUCGAGGACUUCUACGGCCAGAGGUCGGGGCUGAGCCGGGAAGAGGCCCUGCAGGAAGGCCGCGGCCCCCCGUCCCGCCCCGCCCCGCGCCCCAGGGACGGACACCCCAGGCGCCAACGCCGGGCCGGCCUCCGCUGCUGCCCCCGAGGAGACCCCCGGCCCGCCCCGGGGGGACCGCCCCGGGACCGCGACGACGACGGCGACGGCGACGACGGCGGGAGGAUCCCCGGCCUGCCCGAGGAGCGUCCGGCCCGGCCGCCCCAGGACCAGAAGAGGAAGCGCUUCCAGCCGGCCCCCGCCCCCGCCCCCACCGACAAGAGGCCCCGGCUGGAGGAGCGUCAGUCCUUUCGUGACACAACUGAAAGUGCUCGUGCCGAGAAGCCCCAGCCCUCGAAAGAGGAGCCCAAGGUCCCGCCCAUCCGGAUUCAACUUUCGCGCAUCAAACCGCCGUGGGUGGUUAAAGGUCAGCCCGCUUACCAAGUGUGCCCCCGCAUCGUGCCCCCCGAGCCCCCCGGGCCCGAACCCCCCGGGCACCAGGGCGCCGCCGCCGUCGCCGCCGCCCGGACCCUCGCCGACCUCAAGGCCCACGCCCUGCAGGCCCGGGCCCAGCGCGGGGCCGCCCCCGGGCCCCCGGCGGGCACGGGGGGCCGCGCCCGGGAGGAGGAGGAGGCCAAGGCGGCUGUGGCGGCGUCCGGAGGGUCCGGCUCCCCGGCCCGGCUCCGGGAGCCCGCCGGGCCCCGCGGCGACUCAGCGGACACGGGCUCGGACGGGGAGGGCCGCCGGGACCCCGGCCCGCGGGUCGCCCGGACGCCCCCCCGCGCCGCCGGAGCCCCCGAGCCGGACGGGGCCACCCGGGACCCUGGCGCCCGGCCCGGCCCGCCGCCGGCCCCCAGAGACUGCGCCCCGCCCCCCGCCCCCAUGCCCGCCGUGACGCUGCCGCCGCCGCCGCCGCCGCCGCCGGUCCGGCCCCGAGCGGCCGAGGGCCCCGGCGUCCCGGCCCCCGAGCGGCCCCCCGCCCCGCCGCCUCCCCGCCCGUCGGCCGGCCCGCCCGUGGGGAAGGGGGCCGGGACCCCCCAGCCGCCGCCGCCGCCGCCGCCUCCGCCGCCCGCCCUGGACCUGAAGCAGGUCCUGUACCGCCACCUGUCCCGCCUGCGGCGCGGACCCCCGCCCCCGGUGCUGGCCGGGGGCCGCGGGGGCCGCGGGGGGCUGGGGGAGAUGGCCCUGCGCUGCUCGUGCAGCCUCAAAGCCAUGACCGUCUGCAAGGGCUGCGGGGCCUUCUGCCACCACGACUGCAUCGGCCCCGCCAAGCUCUGCGUCCUCUGCCUCGUCGUCAGAUAG